AAGAGACCGACGGUGAGGGGAACAACGAAGAGGGGGAUGAGCGUGAGAAUGAGGAGGGUGAGGGUGAGGGUGAGGGUGAGGGGGAACAGGAGGAGGAGGAACCGGCCGAAUUCGCCGACAACUACCUACCGCCCGCGGACGACGAUGAGCUCGACGCCGAGGAGGACAUCCUGGGUGACGACUACGACAUAUCGCAGGAGGAGGAGAUGCCAUUCCAGGCUGGAGCGAUAGUGCGCAUCACUUUGAACCACUUCGUCACCUACAAUUUCGUCGAGAUCUGGCCGGGACCGAGCUUAAACAUGAUCAUUGGACCCAACGGAACCGGGAAGUCGACGCUGGUGUGCGCCAUCUGUCUGGGUCUCGGUUACAGCACGAAUGUUCUGGGUCGCGCGAAGGAUAUCGGCUCGUUUGUCAAGCAUGGCGCAAAGGAGGCGUAUAUCGAGAUAGAGCUGCAGGGGAAGGAGGACGAGAGGAAUCCAAUCAUCGGAAGGAAGAUCACACGGGCCGGGAACUUGUCGGCGUACUACCUCCACGGCAAGUUGACGAAGUUUGCCAGCGUCCAGAAGAUUACCAGAGCCUACAACGUUCAGAUCGACAACCUGUGUCAAUUUUUGCCGCAGGACCGAGUACAGGAAUUCGCUAACCUGCCGAAUACCGAGCGCUUGGUUGCGACUGUCCGUGCGGCCGCACCGCCGGAUAUGCUGGAGUACCAUAAGAACCUGAUCCAGCUAGGGAAGGAAGUGGUGGGCGACCAAACCAUGCUAGCCAAUGACGAAACACAACUCAAGAAGCUCGAGGCCAGGCAAGCAGUUCUGCAACAGGAUGUGGAUCGUAUGCGGGAACGCCAAGAGGUAGCUGCGAAAAUUGAUAAGCUUAAAGACAUCAAACCGUUCCUUGUUUACCAUAUAGCCCUUCAGGCGGCGAACGAGGCAAAAACUGUCAGUAAGCAAGCGCGCGCAGAGCUCAGACAGCUGGAACAAGAGAUAGAGCCGGCGCUGGAGCGACAGGAGCGGAAGAAGCGCUACAAGGAGGCCAUCAAGAUUGUGCUCAAGAGGCGCGCGGAAGCAUUCGGCAAGAAGGAAGUGGAGCUCACAAAAGUCCUGGACACCACCAUUCCCGGACUAGAUGAAAAGAUGAAGGAAACACAGCAGGAAAUUAAGGCCGAGGUUGCGAGCGAGGCGAAGCGGAAAGAAGAGCUCAAAAAGCUCAACAAGCAGUUGGAAGACACACAGACCAAGCUCGAAGCGGGACCCCCGGAGUUUGAUCUCACUGUCUUCAAUAACCAGUUGUCAGAGACGCGUGCUGCGCAUCGCGAAUGUCAAAACCGGGUAGAUGAACUGAAUAAUGAAACUCAACAAUUCAAGGAACGGGGAACCAGGAUCGCUAGUGAUCUUGACAUUGCUCAAACAAAGUUGAGCGAGCUAGAUUCAAUCAGUGGGCAAAGGGAGGCGCUGCUUCUGCGACAUCACCCAGAAACGUCCAAGGCGUGGAACUGGUAUCUCGAUAACAAAGACAUGUUCGAGAAGGAAAUAUUUCCACCUCCUAUCCUUUCCUGCUACGCCAAGAAUCCUGAGCAGGAUGCCGAUGUGAUUGAAAACCUGAUCGGUGGCGUUUCGACCGCUUUCGUGUGUCAGACCAGAGCGGAUUAUCUCAAAUUCUCACUAGAGACUCUUGGUUCUCAGGACUACGUGGGAUUAGGUUUGGCCCAAAUCACCAUCAAAGAUUAUUCCGGCAGUGCAGUUCCACGGUUGGAGGGCCACCGGAGGGCUCUCUCACCAGAGAUGCUUCGCCGCCUGGGAUUCGACGCAAUUGCACUGGACCUUGUCAAUGGGCCUCCCGAGGUGCUGAACAUGCUUUGCCACGAUUGCGGUCUCCACAACACUCCUGUGUCUCGUCGGGAGUUCAAUUCACAGGAGCUGAAGGCUUGCGAGGACACACCAGCUAUCUCGCAUUUCAUACAUGGAAAGAAUAUUGUCUCGAUUCGACGUCGCUACGGCCUCACGGGAAGUCAGUUCGAUAAGCUUCGUAAGGCGACCAUCUACAGCUCACAGAAUCUCGAUGAGAACCAGAAGAACGAAAUCGAGCGCAGCAUUUCGGAGCUUUCAGACGAGCUCAAGGAGAUCCGCGAGGAGCUCAGCGCGAGGAAGGCGGAGCACGAAGGUAUCCGCAAGCGGAUCAUGGAGAUACAACAGGAGCAGAAGAAGAUCACCGACAAGAAGAACAAAAAGCAGCACGAACUCUCGGAGUUUACCCAUUUGAAGGCGCAAUUCAAGUCGCUGCAGGAAAAGCUCGCGAUGAAAACGCAGGGUGGCUCCGGACACAAGGAACAAAUCGAGCGGCUGGAAAAGAAACUCGAUAAACUGGCCAUGAAGAAGGCGAUGGUCGUGCAAGAUGUCGAGCGUCUAGUGGGCGAGGUCGUGGAUCUCCGUGGAGAACUCAUCAAGCUACGCAUCCGUUACGCGGAGGCGAUGAGUUGCGAAAAGCUCUACGAGGAGAAAAACGCAGAUAUCAUUGCUAGGAGAAAUGAUAAGCAGGUUGAGGUAGAACAAUUAAAUCGCGAAUACGUGAGGCUGAAGGCCAAAACUCGCCAGUUACUCGAUGGUGCUAAGGAGGCAAUGACAAAAAUCACUCCCGAGGAGGGCAAACAGCUUCUUGAGACCAUGCCGCACGAGAGAACGGUCGAGGAGCUGGAUGACGAGAUCGAUGCGGAGGAGAGUCGUCUCUCAUUGAUCCAUGAAGGCAACCCUGAUGCGAUAAGGCAGUUUGAACAGCGCACCGAAAGGAUCAUUGAGCUCAAAGCUAAGAUCGACUCCAUAAACCAGAGCCUGGAGGAAAAACGGGCAGCCAUACAGGAAGUGAGGCAGCUGUGGGAGCCGAAGCUCAUCAAGCUUGUGGCCCGUGUCUCGGACGCCUUUUCCAAGAGCUUCCGGAAAAUCGGAUGUGCGGGCGAGGUCCAGGUGUUCAAGCAUGAAGAAUCCUUCGAGAAGUGGGCCAUCGAGAUCCUUGUCAGCUUUCGAAACGGCGAGAAAUUGCAGGUGUUGAAUGCACAGCGACAGUCUGGUGGUGAGCGUGCCGUCAGCACCGUGUUCUACCUCAUGGCGCUCCAGAGUCUGGCGAAAUCCCCGUUCCGUGUCGUCGACGAGAUCAAUCAGGGCAUGGACCCCAGGAACGAGAGGAUCGUGCACCACCGCAUGGUCAAUAUCGCCUGCCAGCAGUACACCAGCCAAUAUUUCUUGAUUACUCCGAAGCUGUUGAACGGACUGUUGUACCACCCACGGAUGAAGGUCCACUGCAUCUAUUCUGGUGAGUGGGUGAUGGACGACUUCAAAUUCAACAUUACCAAGUUCCUGAAGGCGGGAGAAAGGCAGUACGGAAAAGGCAAGCAGAUCAAAGCUCGCCGCCAGCUGUCCGAGGAGGAGGAGGAAGAGGAGGACGAUGAUUAGAAUUUCUUUUGGACUGGUUUGAGCUUCUAUCUAUACCUUUUCGACGGAGAAUUUAGGGGCGUGACAUGUUUUUCUUUUCUUUUGGUGGUGUUUGGCGUAAAUGUAUUUGGGUUUCUACAUAUGUUUUUCUUGUGGACGGUGGUGGUAUGUGAGUACAAAGUGGAUCACUUCAGAAGUACACAUUCGGGUGUCAAGAUCUAUCCUAGAGUACAAUUCCCAGGUAUUUCAUCCGAUUACUUGUGAAGCGAUCUGCUGAGUGUGAACAAUUGACGGUUGAUGUUUCGUCUCAAACUUCGCC